GAGGAGUCUUGUUUUUAUUGAGUUAGAACUCCAAGAAGGUUGUUAGGUAAACAUGGAAUGAAAGAGUAAAACUGAGGACGGCUUUUCCACAUAUUACUCAAAUAUGUGGAAUAACCAUCCAAGUUAUAGUAAUGAUGUCUACAUGGUCCAGAUUUCCCAUUCAGUGCUUACUUAAAAUACUAAAGCCAUUUAAUUUUUGGUUACAAAAUAUAAUCCGAAUAACUAUAGAAUAUACCUUUCGAAUGCCUGAAAUACACGGAUGGAGGGAGAGAAAAAGAGGGAUUUUCAUUAGAGAAGACAUUCUAAAGAAAUGAUGAUUGACCUGAGUCUUGAAAAUCAAGCCUGAGAGGAUCAAGCUACGUAAGCGGAAUGGCAGUCCAAGUAGAGGGCCCCCAUUACUGAUUAAUAAGCCCAACUAUGGGCACUGCUCUCUGUGGGACAAUACUGAGAAAUAUCAAGUCGAUGUUUUCAAAUCUCUUCACCUGUUGCUUACUAAAACACAUUUUUUAUAUCACCAUACUGGUGUUUAGAUGUCACACUAUUUUUGCAUUGAUGUAUUAUGUGGGGCCUGCUUCCUGAGCUACAGAGCAGUGUCCUAUGCUUUAGGCAGAGUGGCCUUUGUGGACUUGGUACAGAAAAUUACAUUCUUAGGUCACAUUCCAUGUGCUUCCAACUCUGCAGCCAACUGGUAUCAGACCAUCUGGUCAAUCAAACAGCCUCUCUACAUUCACAGUUUGUCACCAUUUCUAUCCUCCAGUGUCAUCUGCAACAUGGGGCUAGUAAUCCCUAACUAGAGAAAUUAAAUGUGAAAAUAUAUGUAAAGUAUCUAGCACAAGGUCUGCCAGAGAGUAUUGAUUUGCCUAACGAGUUGUUCUGCAGACGCAGGGGAAGGGCUUAUUUCUACUGAACUGUGAGACACGGGACCUCUUGUGAAGGUGGAAAAACAAGAUGCAGCUGAGAUUGCUAGUUGCUUAAUCAAAUUCACUCUUCCCUUCAUUUUGGAAAAAAGAUUUUUAAGAGCAUCAAUGUGCCUAGUUAAGAUUAUAGAUCCCAGCUCUGCGAGGCAUAUUGCUAAAUUCGAGUCUAUAAGAUGUAGUUAGAAGUUGCUGUAUGGGGCUUCCAGAAAGACCCUUUCUAAAAUAAGAAUGUGAUGGCUGGAGCUCCAACUACUAUUUUGGUCCAUAAGGCAAAUUUGUGGACGGAAGCCAGGCUGUACAGAUGACAGAGCCGAACGAGCUUGGGUACCUUCCUCCCACUUAGUUUUAUAGGAGAGGGGAAAAAGCCCCUUGUGGGUUUAGGAUACUGGAAUCUGGGGGUUUCUGUUACAAGCAGGCAGAUGCCGUCAGCCACUGUCAACUGCUGGGCCUUGGUCUCACCCAGACUCUGCUCCUCGGAUUUCUCUGAACCACCUGGGGCCGCGAUGCCGUAAGAACUGGGCCGAUAGGAGCAGGAGAAGCGGGAGGAACGACGCAGGAGGCGCGCCGGGAGAGACGCAGCCAGACGCCGGGCUCCGUCCGCGCUGCUCCAGGCCCUCCUGGCCCUUCCUCCUUCACUCAUCCCGAGAAUGCGGGCGGAACGCGGGGAGCCAGCUCCGCCGCCCUCCUUCACCGGCGCCCCUUCAUGACCAGCGCCGUCCCCUUAGCUAGGGUCCCCUGUCCGUCCCCGCGCCUUCCCCUCAGCGUCCCUUACCGUUCUUACACCGCCCGCGGCAGUUCGAAAAUGCCCCGAGCCGCCGAUUUCGUCACUGUCCGCUUCGGGCCGCCAUUGGCCGGCACACGUCACAUGCGGCGGGCGGCGGCUGCCAUUAGCGGGCAAGCGGGCGCGCUGAGGGCCGCGCUGGAGACGCGGCCUUCGUAGGGGCGCCCCGCCCCGGGGAGCAGCCUCGGCGCUAGCAGGAGGACGUUGUUCGGCGGGCCGGGCAGGGAGCCCUGAGUCUGCAGGGCGCGUCGGGACCCGCAGGGAUCCGUGCCGCGCCGUGAAGGUGCGCAGGGGCUGCCCCCGGGCCCGCUACCCACAGACCCUCCGCAGGCCAGCGUCUCCGGGCCGGCCGCAACUUGGUCAGUCGGCCACAGACGACGUGCCAGACGGGCGGCGCGUCCCGCUGACCCCAGCCGGCGCCAAGGGCUUGGAAUCCCGAGCAGGAAAAGAGAUGUGGUCUCACUAUGUCGCUCAGGCUGGUCUCACAUUCCUUGGCUCAAGCAAUCCUCCCAUGUCGGCCUCCCAAAGUAUUAGAAUUGCAGGCAUGUGCCACUGCUCCCACCCAGAAAUUAUUAAUUGAAAAAUAUUUCAAGCAAUGUCACAAAAGAUGUAUUCAAAGGCUACCAUGGCUGCAGGAGUCUUGCCUCAGAAUGAACAACCGUAUUCUACCAUGGUGAAUAACAGUGAGUAUGCUGCAAACAUGAAAGGAAAGCUGUGCUAAACGUCCCAAUGAAAAGACAAAGACUGGCAAAUUAGAUAAAAAGUCAAAACCCAUCGGUGUGCUGUAUUCAGGAAACCCAUCUCACGUGCAAGGAUACACAGGCUCAAAACGAAGGGGAUGGAGGAAGAUUUACCAAGCAAAUGGAGAGCAAAAAAAAAGCAGGAGUUGCAAUCCUAGUCUCUUAUAAAACAGACUUUAAACCAGCGAAGAUCAAGAGAGACAAAGAAGGGCAUUACAUAAUGGUAAAAGGAUCAAUGCAACAAGAAUAGUUAUUAACAAUCCUAAAUAUAUACCCACCCAAUACAGGAGCACCCAGAUACAUAAAGCAAGUUCUUAACAACCUACAAAGAGACUUAAGACUUCCACACAAUAAUAGUGGGAGAUUUUAACACUCCACUGUCAAUAUUAGACAGAUCAACGAGACAGAAAAUUAACAAGGAUAUCCAGGACUUUCUUCCAUGGCUGUUUUCUAAAUAACAAAGGCAUGAUACUACACUUAGAGUAGCAAUUUGGACACUAAAUUGAGAUUCUGUGUCCCUGUCUUGUUUCACAAAAGUGCACAUUGUUGGGGAGAUGGGGGUGGCAUUUUAAAAGGAGCUUAGUAUAGCAUUAAUAAUCAUUUUUAAAAAAACAGAAAAUAACCUUAUCUCUUGCAGUACAGUAGUUUGUUUCUGUGCACACACAUCUGAAGUACCAUUUGUGCAGAGAGAGUGAGCAAGCAAGGGCGAGGGCGCAGCCUGACAUUAACAAGAGAGGAGGCGGACAAUGAGCGCAUUAGUGGUUGUUGCACUUUCUGUUUUCUUUGUAUCCUUUAUCUUCACGUUGCAACCUUCCCCUCAUUUAGUUCCUUAAAAAAUGUGAUACUUAGUGAGUUUUCUUUAUAUGCCUCUGCCAAGAUAUUAUUGAAGCUUCCUUUUUCCCCUCACUGCAACAAAAGGCAGAGAAUGGUGUUUUUGAGUUUUUGAGAGGCAUUCUAUACCUGUCCAACAGAGGCAUGACUAAGAAUCAGGUUUUCAUAGUCUGCAAAUGUCAAGUUAAAUGUCUUCUGAUAAUAUGUCACCUCUAAAAAUGUCUUCAUUUGUUCUAUCCAAGUAUUUCUUUCAUAGUUUUACCAAGAAAAAAAUAAGAGUGGUUUUGGUUGUGAAAAAUUGAAUAUUUUAAUAAUGUUGUAAGGUAUCCGGCAUAUCCCACUUUAUUACAAUUAACUUUUUUCUACACUAUUCAAAAGAGGAGUAGAAAGAGAAUUUUUUCCAAAAUAUCCAGAGACAGGCUCUGAAAGGAAUAACAGAAUUUAAGCCUUUUAACGUGUGUGUAAAAGGCAGUGUUUGCAUCAUGAAUACAGUUUUCUAAAUUCAGUGCAAUAUUUUGAGGGUAGUUCUUUGAGUAGUUAGAUCUUUUAAGUGCAUUUGAGAAACAAAAUUUAGUAAUAAAUGUAUUUAAAAUUUAUAUUCUUCUUCCCUCUAUUUGAACAGUUGUUCCCAAAUGUAAUCUGUUCAUAUAGGAUUUUGCCCGUUCAUAUGUAAGUGAGAAUCAGUAGUUUCUUUGUUUGUCACCAUGGAAACCAGUCAGCCAAUCUGAGUGGCUCUUAGAUCCUACGGAACAAUGCAAUGCUCCGUGCUCUCAGUGAAAGUUCCUCACUGAGUAAGUGGGGCUGACUCUUCCCUGCCUCUGGCUCUUGCCUCCCAGUGCCAUGCAGGUGCAGGAUGCAACCAGGCGGCCCUCAGCCGUGCACUUCCUCAGCUCCUUUCUCCAGGGCCGCCGGCACUCCACCUCGGACCCAGUACUGCGGCUGCAGCAGGCCCGGCGGGGCUCUGGCUCAGGCUUGGGCUUGGGCUCUGGCUCCCGCUCUGCCACGAAGCUGCUGUCCUCAUCCUCUCUCCAGGUGAUGGUGGCUGUUUCCUCAGUCAGCCAUGCAGAGGGAAACCCAACUUUCCACGAAAGAAAAAGAAAUUUAGCACAUCCAACACCAAAGUACACAAAAGUAGGAGAGCGUUUACGGCAUGUCAUUCCUGGACACAUGGCGUGUUCCAUGGCGUGCGGUGGUAGAGCUUGCAAGUAUGAGAACCCAGCCCGCUGGAGUGAGCAGGAGCAAGCCAUUAAGGGGGUUUACUCUUCCUGGGUCACUGAUAACAUACUGGCCAUGGCCCGCCCAUCCUCCGAACUCCUGGAGAAGUACCACAUCAUUGAGCAGUUCCUCAGCCAUGGCAUAAAAACAGUAAUCAACCUCCAGCGCCCUGGUGAGCAUGCUAGCUGUGGGAACCCUCUGGAACAAGAAAGUGGCUUCACAUACCUUCCUGAGGCUUUCAUGGAGGCUGGCAUUUAUUUCUACAAUUUCGGAUGGAAGGAUUAUGGUGUAGCAUCUCUUACAACCAUCCUAGAUAUGGUGAAGGUGAUGACAUUUGCCUUACAGGAAGGAAAAGUAGCUAUCCACUGUCAUGCAGGGCUUGGUCGAACAGGUGUUCUAAUAGCCUGUUACUUAGUUUUUGCAACAAGAAUGACUGCUGACCAAGCAAUUAUGUUUGUGCGGGCAAAACGACCCAAUUCCAUACAAACCAGAGGACAGCUCCUCUGUGUAAGGGAAUUUACUCAGUUUCUAACUCCUCUCCGCAAUAUAUUCUCUUGCUGUGAUCCCAAAGCACAUGCUGUCACCUUAGCUCAAUAUCUAAUUCGCCAGCGUCAUCUGCUUCAUGGUUAUGAGGCAAGACUUCUGAAACACGUGCCAAAAAUUAUCCACCUAGUUUGCAAAUUGCUGCUAGACUUAGCUGAGAACAGGCCAGUGAUGAUGAAGGAUGUGUCCGAAGGACCUGGUCUCUCUGCUGAAAUAGAAAAGACCAUGUCUGAGAUGGUCACCAUGCAGCUGGAUACAGAGUUACUGAGGCCUAGCAGUGAUGUGUCCAACCCGUCUAACCCCACUGCAGUGGCAGCAGAUUUUGACAAUCGAGACGUGGUUUUCUCCAAUGAGCAAGAGUUUGACCCCCUUUGGAAGAGGCGGAAUGUUGAGUGCCUUCAACCCCUGACUCACCUAAAAAGGCGGCUCAGCUACAGUGACUCAGAUUUAAAGAGGGCCGAGAACCUUCUGGAGCAAGGGGAGACUCCACGGACAGUGCCUGCCCAGGUCUUGGUUGGUCGUCACCCCAGGCAGCAGAAGCUCAUAAGCCAUUGUUAUGUCCCACAGUCUCCAGAACCAGACUUACAUAAGGAAGCCUUGGUUCGCAGCACACUUUCUUUCUGGAGUCAGUCUAUGUUUGGAGGCCUGAAAGGACUCAAAGAUAAUGGGUCACCAAUUUUCCAUGGAGGGCUCAUUCCAAAGGAAGCACAGCAGAGUGGAGCUUUCUCUGCAGAUGUUUCAGGCUCAAACAGCCCUGGGGAGCCCGUUUCACCCAACUUCUCAAAUGUCCAUAAGGAUCCAAACCCUACUCACCAGCAAGUGUCUCACUGUCAGUGUAAAACUCAUGGUGUUGGGAGCCCUGGUGCUGUCAGGCAGAACAGCACGACUCCCCGAAGCCCUCUGGACUGUGGCUCCAGGCCCAAAACACAGUUCUUGGUUGAACAUGAAAUCCAGGACAGUAAAGAUCUGUCUGAAGCAGCUUCACACUCUACAUUGCAAUCUGAAUUGAGUGUUGAAGCAAGAAGAAUACUGGCGGCCAAAGCCCUAGCAAAUUUAAACGAAUCUAUAGAAAAAGAGGAACUAAAAAGGAAGGUAGAAAUGUGGCAGAAAGAGCUAAAUUCCCGAGAUGGAGCCUGGGAAAGAAUAUGUGGCGAGAGGGACCCUUUCAUCCUAUGCAGCUUGAUGUGGUCUUGGGUGGAGCAACUGAAGGAGCCUGUAAUCACCAAAGAGGAUGUGGACAUGUUGGUUGACAGGCGAGCAGAUGCCGCAGAAGCACUGUUUUUAUUAGAGAAGGGACAGCACCAGACAAUUCUCUGCGUGUUGCACUGCAUAGUGAACCUGCAGACAAUUCCCAUGGAUGUGGAGGAAGCUUUCCUUGCCCAUGCCAUUAAGGCAUUCACUAAGGUUAAUUUUGAUUCUGAAAAUGGACCAUUAGUUUACAACACCCUGAAGAAAAUAUUUAAGCACACGCUGGAAGAAAAAAGAAAAAUGACAAAAGAUGGACCUAAGCCUGGCCUCUAGCUUUCCCUCGUGGUGAAUAUUUCAGACCUAAAGAUCCAGAUAGUAUCUCUGUUCAUGUGUGAACAAGUUGAAGUUUGUGGGACUACUUUUUCUCAUAGCACUUUAUUUUAAAUGUUGUUGGUUUGUGCUGAGAAUGGUUGUCCCAAUUUGAACCAAUUAUUUAUUUUAAAAUACCCUUGAACUACAUUUUUGUUAUGAAAAAUUGCCAUAAAGUUGGUGCCACUUUCUUUUAUUUAUUUGACUGAGUUAAUAUUGUAUUAACAUUUUAAGUAUAUGGUGUUUACAUUUUUAUCUCUUUUGACAUUUUAGAAAAAAUCGUAACUUGUUUUUCCAAAAUAACCAUUUUCUUGAUGGAACUCUUCCUAGAGUUAUUACCAAAUACCUGACUUUAGUAGUAAAACUUCAUUAUGUAUCCAUUCCUCAGCAAAUGCAUAAGAGAGUCACCAAGUGUCUUAAACUGUUUUAUAUUUGCUACUAAGAAGGCUGUUGCUACAAUAUUUUUAAAGGGUUUUUUUAAAACUGAAAUUUUUGUUUUUCCUUUUCUUUUUAUGAAUGUAACAAAGAGUUUCAAAGCAUAUUAUUUUUCAGAGAGAUUUAGUUUUACUUUAAUGGAGUGACUGUGAAGUGGUUGGAUUUUUUACUUGUAGAAAGUAGCCUUGCUCUUUGUCAGAUUUCCAAACAACCUUGCCAGCUUUGACUGUCAAAAGGAGGCAGGAGCAGUUCUCAACACAUGAAGCCUUAUUCCCACUCCCUUGGGUUGCUGCUGAGCCAAAUAGCAUCUUUACAGAGGAAGUGGGAUCAGAGGCAGAAAGUGUGGGAACUUGCUAAGAAGCAGGGCUUGCCUCUGUCCUCCCAGGGACUUCGCAGGGACAUUCGUGCAGGGCAGGGGUUGUGCCAGCCCUGCUCUCUGAGGUGCCACAGUCACUCUGCAGAGGCAACUCUUGGAGCUGGAGGAAGCCAGGGCUGGGCCACUGUUUGUGCUGAUGGUGUAUUAGCGUGAGCAGCCUGGCCCUGGCCUCAAAUCUGCUUGCUUUGAGACUCUGUAUUUGGCUGCUAUUUUAUGAGAAUUAAGAUUUUUAAACUGAAGUUGACCAUACAGGUUACAUUAGCCCUAACUAACUUCAUAAGAAGGGUGACUGCCUAAACUAGUUCCUUGUAAGCCAAACCGUCAAUUAGCAUACUUUUAUUUAAAUUAAUAUGUGGAGAUACCAGAGGCCAAGCCACAGAGGAUAAUAGUUUUUCCCAAUAAAGGUGAUACUAAUCAGACUAAUUUGAAACUAAAGAAGUUAUUACUUAAAAAUGGAAUUUCAGGGGAAGCAAGACUAAUUUAGAACAAAUGAAAUUUCUCUAGUUCCUUCAUUUCUGAAUUAACCUCUAGCACAUCAAAAAUAUUUCAGUCAUUAUCAGUCUCACUAACUCUAAUACCAAAUGCUAAAUCCAGUGUUCUUUCACACAGUUUUAAUUUUCUUGGGAAAUCAAAUCCAGUGGAUAUUAAUGAACUGGGUUGCCCAUCCCUGAAAUGUCUUACUUUCAAGUGCCUGGCCUGGGAAAGAAGGGGAAGAAACAAUUGCAUUUUAUCCAAAGGUACAUUAUAAAAAUAGAGGUUUUACUAAAAAAAAAAGAUAUUUGUUCUAAUCUCAAUCGGCCUCAUUUGGGCAAGUGACCCACAGGUCUUUUGGUGAGUCUGCUAUUUGCCUGUGCAUCUGAAAUACUUGUUUCAACUUAGAGAAUAGUCAUAAUGUGACCAUAGCACUGCACGUCUAAAAUCUAAGCCUGAAACCUGAAAGAAGAGAUAUGACAAGGGAAAUUAAUCAGGCUAUAUACAAGUAUUGUAUUUAUUUGAAUAAAAGUAAAAAGAACAACCCACAACCUUAGUCUUGUACUUCUUUACCUUGAUGCUCUAGGACAUCUGAUGGUAAAGAUGAAAUUUUGCUCUUAGAUUAUCCUGACAGGUAGAUUAAGUUGUCAGCUGAGUCAGUGAGCCAAGCUCUAGUUAAUACAGAUGACUUCCAUCAGUUCAGCAGCAUGACCAAACACUGAGGGACUGGGAGAGGUGAGUUCUAAGAGGAAUAGCUGAGGAAAAUCUCCAUGCUGAAGAUUCUUGCCUUCCCAUAUUUGGAUGAGAAGUUCUUUGGAGCCCGGAGGAUAGAAAUCUCACAUAGUGGGAGAAAUGAUAAGAUUUAAAAAUUCAGUUCAACAGAAAUGGGAAGGUUGAGGGCACAUACAUAUUAAGAUCUUACAAUGGGCCAGCCAUAUCCAUUACCUCACUGAAUUCUCUUAACAGACAGAGAAGUCUUUUUUUUUUUUUUUCAUUUAUUUACAUUUAUUUAUUUUGAGAUGGGGUCUUGCUCUGUAGCCCAAGCUGCAAUGCAGUGGGCGUGAUCUUGGCGCACUGCAACCUCUGCUCCCAGCCUCAAGCGAUCCUCCCACCUCAGCCUCCUGAGUAGAUGGGACUACAGGCACACGCCACCACAUCCACCUAAUUUUUUGUAUUUUUUUUUUGUAAAGAUAGAGUUUUGCCAUAUUGCCUAGGCUUGUCUUGAACUCCUGAGCUCAAUUGAUCCUCCCACACCUGGCCUGAGAAGUCUUAAUCCUAACUGUGUGAUGUGAGAUAAGGAGUCUGAUGGACUCCAUGCUGUGUCUUCCUCCCUGCUCGUGUUACCUGCCUCUAGGACUCAACCUGGCAAGGCUGUCCAGUCAAAGUGCCUUCUCAGGGACUUUGAGGUCCCUUUAACUAAAUUUUAUAAUGGCAUUAGAGAGCACUGUGCUGUCCAUAUUUGGUGAAAAUAUCACACAUCUUCUGUCCUCUGGAAAAGACUGAGCCAGCUCUAUUUCUAUCAUAUGAUGCUCUCUAGUAUAUCACACUUAGAGGAAGUACAUGAUGUCUUGCCACUGUUGCCUUUUCUUUUCUUUCUUUUUUUUCUAAUUUCAUUUUAGGUUUGGGGGUAUAUGUGAAGAACAUGCAAGAUUGUUGCAUAGGUACACACAUGGCAGUGUGAUUUGCUGCCUUCCUCCCCAUCUCCUAUAUCUGGCAUUUCUCCCAGGCUAUCUCUCCCCAACUCCCCACUCCCCGCUGUCCCUCCCCUAUUCCCCCCCACCCCACCACAGUGUGUCAUGCUCCCCUUCCCUGGCCUUUUCUUACUUCAGAGAGCUUACUAAUGCCCUUUGAGACAAAUUGCUGCUGGUGGUAGAGCUUGCUCCAUUUAUUUAUGUAACUCAGAAAAUCUAUGCUGAGUUACUUAGUCAUAUCUUCAACCAGCUUCCCAGUCUUAUCUGAGAAAAAGCAUUUGCUUCAUCACUGUGGAUUCCAUGAAAAACACCAUAUAUCAUAAUUCAAUAGAGAUCAAGUUUCUCUAUUUUCUCUUAAAUGGAGAACACUUGCUGAUAUGAUUGGGUGCUAUUUCAGGCUAGUCUCCAGAUGUCUGAAAAAAUAACUGGGGAUAGUAUAAUGUAGGCAGAAUGUAACCCCAAGUUCAUGACAUCUGACAGCCCCCAUGUAAUUUGGGGGAUCAAUUUAAAAACGACAGCUUACUCAUAGGAUCUUAAUUGUUGUUUCAAAUUAACAAGCAUUAAUAUAUUUUCAUUGAAAUAUAUUAAUAUAUUUCAAGAACAACAUUCUCUGUGAUGCUUUUUAUGAAUGACACAAGAUUAGUGUGUUACCUAAGAGAGCUUUUCUCAGUGCUCGGUGGGUGCAAAUUGUUUGCAGAUAAAGUGGCAGGAGAAAAAUUCAACAAAACCCUCUUCCUCAGUGGUGCAUUACUUUUUUAGUUAUGCUUUUAAGCAUGAGCUAAUCUCUGAUUAGCCCAACACUGACAAUAAAACUGAUUUAUAAGUAAUCACAAUGGAGCCAUUCAGUAUUGGAGUUUGACAAGCCUUUGUUCUAAGCCCUCCAGUCACUAAAAAUAAUGUCCCAGUAAGACUUAAAUGUCGUAAAACCUUUUGCAACAAAAAAGUUUCAUACAUGCACUGAAAUUUAUAUAGUAAGAGAAGCCUGCUAAGCCCUUGCCUCUUGGCUUUCUUGAUUAAAAUGAGAAAAUAUUUUACUCUUGAGAUUGCCUAUUUUAGAGAGAAACUACAUUUUGGGGAUGGGCUCCUACUUACCUGACCCUUACAGUGUGGUCUGACGGUAGCCUCUGGUUUUGAUUUAAUAAGUUGCUUUAUCAUUUUUGUCUCCUCCUAAAAAUGAAAACAGGCUGGGCAUGGUGGCUCACAUCUGUAAUCCCAACACUUUGGGAGGCCAAGGUGGGCGGAUCACAAGGUCAGGAAUUUGAGACCAGCCUGGCCAAUAUGGUGAAACUCCAUCUCUACUAAAAAUACAAAUUAGCCUGGCGUGGUGGUGGUCACCUGUAGUCCGAGCUACUCGGGAGGCUGAGGUAGGAGAAUCACUUGAACCUGGGAGAUGAAGGUUGCAGUGAGCCAUUCACACCACUGCACUGCAGCCUGGGUGACUCGUCUCAAAAAAAAAAAAAAAAAAAGAAAAGAAAAGAAAAACUACUCAGGCCUUUGACUUAGGUUGAACCAUAGGGAUUGGCCAUUUUUUUUUUUUUGGUAAAAAAUGAUCAAGCAUUGGCCUUUCCAUGUGGUUCAACCUAAUAUCAACUCAAUAUUUCCAGGACUAGUAGGUGACAUUUCCUGAAUUAAUUUUGGUAGGUUUAGAUUUGAUGAUCAAUUAUUUUCUAAGACUAUCCUGUAUGCUCACAGUAGAGUUCCAAUAUAAUUGUAAGUGACAAAUAUGAAACAUAUUCUUUUAGCAACAUGUCUGUGCCUGUUCUACUUGGCCCUCUGCUAAUUCUGGGGACACACAGGAAUUAUUAUUCAGUCAUUCAUCCCUCUAGGAGUCGCACUGCUUAUCCCUCAGAAUUCAUGUGUUGGAAACUUAAUUCCCAAUGCAACAGAGUAGGAAGGUGCAGGCUUUUAGGAGGUCAUGAGAGUACCACCCUCAUGAAUGAAUUAAUGUCAUAAUUAAAAGACCUGAUGGAGGGGAUUCUUUUUUUGCCCUUUCACUUAGUCAUGUGAGGACACAGUGUUCUCCCCUCCAGAUGACACAGCAUACAAGGCACCACCUUGGAAGCAGAGAGCAACCCUUACCAGAUGGCAGUGCCUUGAACUUGGCCUAUCAAGCCUCCAGAACUAUGAGAAUAAAUGUUGUUUAAGUCGCCCAGCCUAUGCUGUUCUGUUAUAGUAGCACAAAAUGCACCAAGACAGAGAUGGGUACCAGAGUGGGGUGUUGCUAAAACAAAUACCUAAAAAUGUGGAAGCAGCUUUGGAACUGGGUAAUGGGUUGAGGCUAGAAGAAUUUUGAAAUGAAAGCAGGAAAAAGCUUGUAUUGCCAUGAGUGGAGCAUUAAGGGUGAUUCUGGUGAGAGCUUAGAAGAAGAGAACUGUAGGGAAAGUCUCAUUCUUCCAAAAACUGCAUAAGUAAAACUAUGGACAGUAAAGACCAUUCUGAUAAGGUCAUAGAAAUGAGGAAUAUCAUUGGAAACUGGAGAAAAGACCAUCUUUUGUUACAAAGUGGCAAAGAACAUAGCUGAAUUAUGUCCAUGUCCAUGUUCUAGGACUUUGUAAGGGGCAGAACUUAGAAGUAAUGAACUAGAAUAUUUGGCAGAAGAAAAGUCCAAGCAACGAAGUGUUCAAAAUGCUGUAUGGUUUCUCCUAACUGCUUAUGCUAAAAUGGGAGAAGAGAAAUUACUUAAAGACAUCGUUUAUAAUUCAAAGGGAAGCAGAACAAAGAUUUGGACAAUUCUUGGUCCAGCCAUGUAAAAAAUAAAAACGUAUGUUUAGGCCAGGUGUGGUGGAUCACUUGAGCCUGGGAUGUGGAGGUUGUAGUAAGCAGAGAUCGCACCACAGCACUCCAGCCUGGGUGACAGAGGGAGACCCUGUCUCAAGUUUUUAAAGAGGAGAAGAGAUUGAAACACAAACAUGGACAAAGGGAAGACUAUGUGGAGACACAGAGAAAAUUAUCAUCUACAAGCCAAGAAGUGAGGCCUCAGAAAGAACCAACCUGGAGACACAUUGAUCUCAGACUUCUGGCCUCCAGAGCCAUGAGACAGUAAAUUUCUGUUGUUUAAGCCACCCAGUCUGUGGUACUUCAUUAUUAGAGCCCCUAGUAGACUAAUAAGACAAUCUUCCCUGCUGUCUCUUAGUUCUUCCACUAUAACUUGUGUAUUUCUUCAUAAUUCUAUCUUAAACAACAUAGUUCUUGAUUUUGCCCGUUUAUAAACUUUACAUAAAUUGAACAAUGCAAUGUGUAUUCUCUUGUGACUUGCCUUUUCUGUUCAACAUGCUAUUCACAUUUCUCCAUAUUGAUGUGUAAGCUGUAGCUUGUGUUCACUGCUGUAUGGCAUUCCAUUGUGUGAAUAUUCCACAGAUUGCCUCUUUUACUUGUGAUGGGCAUUUGGGUUGAUCAUAUUUUCACAUGUCUCUGAGUGUACAUGUGCAAGAGUUUUAUAGGCUUUGUAGCUAAGAGUAGAAUUUGUGAACUUUAGGGUAUGGACAAUUUCAGUUUCCUCUGUAAUGAAAAAUUAUUUCUCAAAAUGAUUGUACCAAUUCAUACUCCCAACAGCAGUAAAUGAGAGUUCCCACUGCUCUGUGUCCCUGUCAACACUUAGUAUUGACUGACUUUUUGAUUUUUGCCAGAUCCAUUUCGUAUGAGAUAGUACCUCAACUGUGUUACCUUAUUACAUGUUUUGAGCAAUUUGUGUUUAUUUUCUCUAGUGCUUGUUCAUGUAUUUUCAAUUUUUUUUACUGUAGUAAAAUACAUAUAACAAAACUUAUCAUUUUAUUCAUGUUUAAGUAUAUAGUCAAGUGUUAUUAAGUACAUUCAUACAUGUUGUACAACCAUUACCACUAUCCAUCUAUUUAACUCAUCAUUUUGUAAAACUGAAAUGUUUAUUAAACAAGAAUUCCCCAUUUCUUGAACACACCAGCCCCUGGCGACACCAUUCUAUUUUGUGUCUCUCAUUUUAACUACUCUAAAUACUUUAUAUAAGUGGAAUAAUACAGUAUUUGUCUUUUGUUACUGGUUUAUUUCACUUAGCAAAAUGUCUUCAAAGUUUGUGUUGUAGUAUAAUGCAAAGUUUUCUAACCCUUUAAAGCGGCAUAGCAUCCCAUUGUAUAUAUAUACCACAUUUUGCUUAUCCAUCUGUCAGUAGACACGUGGGUUGCUUAUAUGUUUUAGUUAUUGCUAAUUAUGCUGCUAUGAACAUGGGUAUACAAAUAUCUCUUCAAGACUCUACUUCAAUUCCUUUGGGUAUACAGCCAUAAGUGGAAUUGCUGGGUCAUAUGGUAAUCCUGUGUUAAAUUUUUGAGGAACCACCACACUGUUUUCCACAGUGGCUGUACCAUUGUAUGUUCCCACCAACAGUGCACUAGGGUUUAAGUUUCUCCACAUCCUUGCCAACACUUGUUAUUUUCUGCGUAUUUUUGAUAACAGCGUUCCUAAUGGAUAUGAAGUGGUAUCUCAUUGUAGUUUUGAUUUGCAUUCCCCUAAUGACUAGUGACAUUGAGCAUCUUUUCAUGUGCCUAUUGCCCUUUCAUGUAUCUUCUUUGCAUAAAUGUCUAUUCAAGUCCUUUGCUCAUUUUUCAGUUGGGUUGUAUUUUGUUGUUGAGUUUUGUGAGUUCUCUAUAUAUUCUGGAUGUAAAAUCCUUAUUAAAGAUGUGAUUUGCAAAUA